UAUAACAAUGGUAGGUAUAAAACAAAUCACCCGUUGUUACUGUAUUGUGGAGGCUAGCAUUAAUUAACAAAAUUAAUUAAUAAAACUCUGUAAAGUUUAGUAAACAUUGAAGAUAAAUUUUCAACUUUCUACAAUCAAAAAUUGCGCAUAUCCAUACUCUUUCAAUUGAGGGUGGGGAUGGGGUGCGAGGUAUUAAUAAGAAUGAAAAAUCAUGAUAGAAAGUAGAAAUCAAUUAUACAUUUGAAACUAUUUUCGUAAUAAUGUUGGUAUUUUUACAGUUACUAUCGAAGGCGUCUGAGGAGGAAAACCGAGGCCAACACAUCGUCGAUUGCGACCUGUGUGGGACACCAGUCUCGUUUUACUGCAGGCGAUGUGGGAUCAAUCUCUGUGACACCUGUUUACCGAUACAUAUGCGCGUGAAAUCUAGAAACGGCCAUGACGUCGUAGAUUAUGUCAGCAAAGAUGAUGACGACACCUGUUUUUGCGAAUCCCAUCCCAAAAAUGAGUGUUGUGCAUAUUGUAAAACCUGCAAUGUUUCGAUUUGCAUGCUGUGCGUUUCUAUUAAACACAAAUCGCACGAAAUGUCCGAGCUGUCCGAUAAAAUUGAAGAACUUCUGAAAGUUAAUGCGAAGGAAAAUAAACGGCUACAGUCAUUCAAACAUGAAUUAGAAACAAUUUUGGACCACACGACAAAGAUGGUGUCUUCGAUAUCCUCGAUUUACCAACAGAAAAAAGAUGAAGUUACAGCACGGGGAAAAGAGUGGCACAAAGAAAUCGAGAAGACCGUGAAGAAACUUCACCAGGAGCUGGAUGAUAUGCAAAAAGAACACGAGACUCUACUUCAGAAACAAGGAACAGAGUAUGAAGAAAUAAUCAAAGACUUGGAUGAAAUAGACAGAAAAGCAACAAGUUUACAGAAAUCACAUGAUGUCAAAGAAAUGCAGACAUUUAUACCACUGGUUGAAAAACAUGAAGUACUGACCGAAUUCACACAGUAUUCCUUUCCUACAUUCUAUGAGUGUAAAAUAGAUGCACCCCUCGUGCAAACCUAUUUUGUAUACAUUGACAAAAUGCAGGAAUUGAAGACAUCGCUCACAGAAAACUUUUUGAAAGAAAACGAGUUAUCGAAAAUAAAAGUUUUAGAGACACCAACAGUUAUUUCUUCUAUAGACCCCGGAUUCCCUUCUAAUGAAAAAGAUGAAAGUCGUCUGUAUGCCAUGGCUGUUACCAAUAGUAACAGAGUGUGGAUGGGAGGACAUAGCAAAGAACUUAAGUUGUUUGAUCUCAUGGGAGACCUUCACCACACCGUCACCAUUACUGACGAAGGCAAUAACUUAUGUAUAUACAAAAAACAAGUAGUGUACAUUGAUAGAAACGAUUAUGCCGUGAAAAAGGUAGAUGAUGAGGACACUGUGGUUACGAUGUUUAAAACAGGCGACUGGAAUCCUUGUGGCAUCACAAGCACCGUUUUUGGUGAUCUACUGGUAUGUCUCCAUAAACAAAAUCAGCACAAAGUCGUACGAUACAGCAGUACCGGUACCGUGCUUCAGGAAAUCCAGUACGACUCGCAUUGUCAGCCUUUGUACGCAAACCCGUAUUACAUCACUGAGAAUGUCAACGGGGACAUCAUUGUAAGUGACUGGGAUAAAAAGUUGGCUAUUGCUGUUGAUAGAUUAGGAAUACUCCGAUAUUCUUACGCAGGGAGAGAUAGUAACUUUUUCCCCUGUUCAGUUGAUAAUGAUCUUUCCGGCCAUGUCUUUGUUGCAGAUUAUAUUGGCGAAAAAAUUCACAUUCUCGACAGAGACGGGCGAUUUCUGAGAUACAUCCUUCCUAAAGGAGGAAUAAAUAGACCAGAUGCGAUGUGUAUUCUUGGUCAUGGUGAGAUACUUGUGGGAGAAUGUCUGACCGGGAUCGCUAAAAGAAUCAAAUAUUUAGAAUAGUUUAAUUUUCUUUUCUUAGAUUUUUAAAAAAUUGAUGUAUAAUUGAUAUAUUGAGAAGAUAACUUUAUAUAUUACUAGUUUUAUAUUACAAGAUUUACAUCUUAGUGGCUAUCUUUCUAUACGAAGAGAUUUUGUAUUUACAGUCCAAUAAAUUCAAAUGACGUAUUGUUGGAGUGCAAGUGGGUUUUGCACAACUUAGAGAAAUGAAGAUCACAUAAGUUUGACAAUAUUCUAAUAUUUAAUCGUAGAAUUGCGAAAACUUGAAUAAAUAUCAUAAGAAACCAUUCUUUGAAUAUUAUGUUGUGAUAAUUUCGUUCGCAGUGUGGUCAAAUCUAUCAUAAAGCCCUUUGAACUUUAUUGAAUUAGAACUAAC